UUGAACUAACACACAUAGUUGAAACUGAACUACAACAACAACAGUAAUAACUGAUGUAUUAACUCAGAUCUAUAUAUACAAAAACUCUCAAAGUCUGUCAAGUUGAAAGUUGAAUAAAGAGUGGCAGAAUGAGAAGAGUUAUUGGCUUUACCUUUAAUAAUCUCUUUAUCACCGGAUAGCUUUUCUGUCAUUUGGUGGUGGUGGAUACAGAGGAGGAAGCGGUGAAAGAGAGUAGAUCGAUGGAAAAAACUGAGCGGCUGCCACAGAAAGCACAUGCAGCGAGACUAGGCAAGCGGAGAGCACAGUAGCGGCGGCGACAAGAACAGAGCGGUGAGAUCUAUUUAUUUUCUGUCACGGUGAAAGGGACAAUAGCAGUGGUGGUAGGGUUACGGCAUUAGAAGAGGUUGCGGCGGCAGCUAUGGUGGUCGAGGAGUCUAAGGCAGCGGUGGGCCCAGUGGUCGCAGUGGAGUUCGUGGUGAUAGUUGACAUGGUGAUGGUGGAUAAGGUGGAGGAUGCGAUGACGGUCGUGCAUGCUACAGCCGUGGUGGGCUGGGUCAAGGAUCGCAACCAGGGAGGAGGCGGAUGCCGAGGUAGCUACGGCAGCGUUUGUGGCGGCGGAAGCUGCUACAACUAUGGGGAGGGCAUUUUGCAACAAACUGCACAACAAGUCCUCUUAGAAUUUAAAGCAGGCAGCACCACCAGAUCACUCUCAAGAGGCACGCUCCCACCUCGGAGAAUCCAGAACCACACUAUUGUUGCCUGGAUUCUAAUUGCCCUUCGCCAAAAGGGUGUGGGAGCAAGAUGAAUCCAAU